GGAAAGCAGGCGACGUGUCUUGGAUAUCUAGCACUGGUCAUUGUUCCAGGAUAAAACUUCUUCAACUGGAUAAAAUGGCUAUAAAAGGUUUCAGCUUAUCGAGUGUUUGCCAGAGCUUUACCAACCUGGUUCUUGUCUGGAUGGUUGUUUCAUCGGACCCUACACCAGCGUUGGCAAGCCUUGAUCGCAGUGCUGUGAUCAACGCGUGGCACACCGACUGUCACUCUCGGUGCGGUGUCACACAGCUUACACACAUGACGAACAUAGCGUGCAGACUAGAUCCUUACAACCAGGAGAAUAGAGUCAAGAGAUCGGCAGAAGGCGAAAAGCAAGACUUAAUGUCACGACUCCAGACACCCUUUCUUGAGAAGCCUUAUUCAGCAAUGUUUCUGACAAAACGUGUGCGGCACGGCCAUUCCAUCCGUCGACGAGGGAUUGUGGAUGAGUGUUGUCACAAGGGAUGCACGUGGGAGGAGUACGCGGAAUACUGCCGGCACAACCUUCGAAUAGAUCAUGACGAACGCACGCAGUGCAAUAAUUAACGAUGAUAACAAAACCAGAACAUUUUGAUUAGAGAAACAGAAAAUUGUGUCUUGUACCACCAUAGUUUUGGGCAAUUUAAUUUGAACCAUGAAAAAUAAGGCUUGGUAUUAUUAGUAUCCCGCUGAAAAUGACCUUCACUGGAGCUGGGGCAACAAAAAAACACCAAAAUAAAUAAAUAAAUAAAAAAUAAAUAAAUAAAAAUGGUUUCAUGAACUCGGAACUCUUCGGCAGAAUCCACGAAUCAAACCUGGGGUACACAACAGUUAAAAAAUAUAUCCAACAGUCAAUACUCUGGCCGUAAAUCUCUGGUCACCAAGCCUUUGAUUUUAAACAUGCAGGCAUUUUUAUAUAUCUAGAAAAAUAUAUUGAACAACAAAAGAAAUCCUUUGUUUUUUUUUGUUUACUUUAUACAAUUAAUAUUUGGCCUAAAUUGUUUCAAAGACAUUGGUAAUUUUAACAGACUCAAAAAUUAAUGGGAUUCAUAUUGAAUAAUUAAAAACAAAUUAAAGGAAGAUAAA